UAACGUUUAUAUACGAGACUAUCGGCCGGUUUAUGGCACAUUCCCUUCACUCUUCAGAAAUGGUACAGUCUCAAAAUGUCCGCUCUGGUCCAUGUGUUUACUGACAGAAGGGUCUUCAUGUUUUGACACGAUAGAUAACAAUUUAACGUAACAUUGAUGGUUUUAACGUGACUCUUGAUUUCAAAACAUCAAAAAAUACAAUCGUUGUCAUAAAAAAUGCCUCACAGAAAGAAGAAAGCUUUUAUCAAUAAGAAGAAUGCGGUAUCAUUUCAUCUGGUCCACAGGAGUCAGAAAGACCCGCUGGCCGCGGAUGAGAAGGCUCCUCAACACGUGCUUUUACCUGCUGCUAAGGCAGAUGUGGACAAGAGAAAAGAUGAGCAACGCAACUUUGGUGUGUUUUUCGAUGAUGACUACGACUACCUGCAGCAUCUGAAAGACGUGUCCCAGACCACAGAGCUCAUCUCCGCUCCUAAUGUCCGCAGAGAUGCUCGAUUAAGGAUGCCGGAGUUGGAGGAUGAUGAUGAUGAGGAUAAUGAAGAGCUGGAGGGAGAUGACGCCCGUGUUCCUGCCUCCAUCACAUUGCCGUCGUCUGUGUUUGCGACGGAGUUUGAAGAGGAAGUGGGUUUGUUAAACAAAGCCGCUCCUGUUUCAGGGCCACGAUUGGAUAUGGACCCAGACAUAGUCGCUGCUUUGGAUGAUGACUUUAAUUUUGAGGACCCAGAGAACAUGCUGGAUGAUGACUUUGUCAUCAAGGCCAAUGACAUCAUGGGUGAAGGUGAUGAUGAUGAUGAAUGGGAGGACACGGAUGAUGAAGAUGAUGAUGAAGAUGAGGAAAAAGACUAUGACUCGGCAGGCGGUCUGUCAGAGAAUGAUGAAGACCGUCUGCGAGAGUUCAUGUUUAUGGAUUGCGAAACGAAGAGUCGUUUUACCGAGUACUCCAUGACCUCCUCCGUCAUGAGAAGAAACGAGCAGCUCACGCUCCUGGACGAUCGCUUUGAAAAGUUUUUCGAACAGUUUGAUGACGAUGAGAUCGGAGCUCUGGAUAACGCCGAGCUGGAGGGUUACAUCGAACCGGACAGCAACCGGCUUGAGGAGGUCAUCAAAGACUACUUCAUACAGAAAGAGAAAGAAUGUCAGAAGCCAGAUCAGUUGGGUCCUGCAGAGUUGCCCUCUGUAAGAGAGGAAGAUGAAGAUGAAGAUCAGGAGGUGGUGGAGAUGGAGGCGAUGGUCAUCGAGCCUCCAGUAGAGAGAUGGGACUGUGAGACCAUCAUCAGCACAUAUUCUAACCUGUACAACCGACCCAAACUCAUCCAAGACCCUCCUAAGCCCAAGCAGAUCCGAGUGUCAAAAAAGACGGGCAUUCCUCUGGAAGUCCUGGAGAAAAGAGGUCCGACAGCCAAACAGAUUGAGAGAAUGGAGAGGAUCAAUGAUUCGGAUCUGCCCAGAGUUUCGACACAGCCCCGCUCGCGAGAGGAAAACACAGACGAGAGGAAAGCCAGAAAACAGGCCAUCAAAAUGGAGAGGAAGGAGAGGAGGACGGAAAAAAAGGCAAACAAAAUGGCAUUCAAACAGGAAAAACAAAUGCAGGAAAAGCAGAUGGUGAAUUUGAGAGCAAACGUUCAGGGCUUGAAGCUCUCGUAGGACUUUGGAUGCCAUCAAGAGAUUGUAAACGUCAGCGUGGUAGCAGUGACUACAGGACCUUACUGAAGACAUGACUUUAAAAGAAGCUACAUUAUUGCUUUGGGUGUGUCUGACAUCAUUGGUGUGUAAUGACAUCAUUUUCUUAAUGAUGUUUGGUAUGACCAAGAUUUAAAUGUGCGUGACUCUUUUUGAAACAAUAUAAAAGACAUCGUAAUGAACCAAAUCGAAAGCAACUUUUUUUCUUAAUGUUGUCCGUCAGCAUAUGAUCAUAUUUAUAUAGAUAUAAAUACAAUGUGCAUAUUUCUCACCAGCUACCAACCGAUAGCUACAAAGGUCUCCUGUAUGCUUUGAAAUGUAUAUAAAACCUCCAGUCUUUUCAAAGUAUGUGUGCAAGUAAUCUUUAUGCAUUAAAAACUGCAAUCCAAAAUCACUUUUAAUAAAAAUACACAUUAGAAACAUUUCAAAAUAUACAUACAGUAAAAGUCAAAUCUAUUAGCAGCUGAUCUAUCAGCUCUCUGUAAACUGUAGUCACAAUGAAACGGAAGUAGUGAUUGUCUCCCUGUCGUAGAGAUGAAGGGGAGGGCAGGACUUGAAUUCAUCCAUAGAAAAUGGUUUGAAUCGCUGGAAGUUGCUAACUUCCAAUUGCUGCAAUCUUAUCCCGAACCCAUUCCUUGUGAUGGAAAGUAAAGAGAGAUCAUUUCGAGGAGGGGCGGAGAUUAGCGUUUUUGAUUAAAGAUUAUGAGGGCACAUUGGAUUUAAAAAAAAUAAUGAAGCUCACAGAUUAGUAAUUUAUAAAAAUACCAAAAUAUUUCAGAAAUAUAUUUUAAAUUUCAUGGUGACUUCAGUUUAAUGCUUUGUCUUGAUAAUAUAGUUUACAAGA